AUGAAGUUGAGAAUUAAGCUUAUUUUGAUGAUUGUGUUUUUAUCACUCUACUAUUUUCUAUUUAGUCUAGUUUUGCUAUUAGGUUAAUAUUUUGAUGAAGAAUAUAGAAUUGAAAGCGAAAAACUGUCUUAAGGAAUUUAUAAUGAGACUUCUUUGGUAUUAGAUAAUAAUUUUAGAUUAGAGUAAAAUAAGAUUUGCCAGAUAUUACUAUGGAAGAUCAAAUAGACCUAAUAUUAAUUCCCUUUAUGCAAUUUCAAAUAUUAUAAAUUAUAUCGAAGAUUAUUAAUAAUUAGAUGACCAGAGCUUACUUUAAAUAGAUUGGCAUUUUAAUAAUAUUACUAAUUUGUAAUUAUUGUAAAGAAACUAUACUGUUUAAUAUUAACUAUUAAAAUAUUAUUCUCCUUUAUCAAAAUUAAUACAUAUAUAUGCUAAAAAUAAUGCAUUUGAUCAUUUUCAUUUCUUAUGUCAAAAUGGAUUAGGUAUAUCCUUUUAUAGUGAAGGUGUCAAUUCAUCAAAGGAUUGGUAUGAAACUUCGAUAUCAAAUUGUAAAGCAUAUAAUGAUUGUUUUGAUUAUAUUAGUCAAUAUUCUUCACAAAUUGCAUAUCCUAAAUUAGACUUAAAUAAUGAAGUUUGGAGAUUGAGAGCUGGAAAAUAAGGUUAUGAAUGCAAAUUACAUGUUUAAAAGAAAAGAGAACUUGCAAUAAUUAAUUCAAGUACACCAGUUAUUAAUUCAUUUUUAACAAAUGGAAAUAUUAAUAUCAUUUCUGAUGGAUAACUACUUAAUAGUACAUUAGAAGAUGCCUUAUCAAUUUGGCCAAAUUAAACUGAUGAUUUUACUGAUCAACUCUAUACAUUAGUUACAGUCCCUAUAGAAUUUAGAUAAUGGAGAAUGUUAUAUGAUGGAAUGGGAGAAUAAAGAGUUGUAUUUUUUUCUUCAUAUUAUUUUGUACAUCCAAACUAUCCAAAUAUUACUCUAACCAAAGAUAUAAUAACUAAAUGUUCUAUGAUCUAUCUAUAAUCAAUGUCAUUAUCAUAUUAUUUAUAGUUGGCAGGUCAAAAUGAUUAAGCUACAGCAGUAUUAAUGAAUGAAAUUAUUAUUGCUUGUGCUUUGCAUUUAGUUUUAUUAUUUUAUUUCUGGAGAAAAGGUGUUGUAAUUGCACUUUCUCUAGAGGUUCCUAUUAAUUAAUUGAUUAAAUUAACUAAAGUUGAUAUGAAAUAUCUUGAAGUUCAAGAUUUUAAUUUAGAGAGUUAUAAAGAUCUCUUUAACAAUAAAGAAAUAAGGAAAUUCUAUGAAGUCAUAAUCAAUUAUUUAAAUAGCAUUAAAUAUUCAAAUAAUAAAUUAUUGUAGGGAUCUAAAGAUAUGGAUGAAGCUGAAGCUUUAAUUAUUUUAAGUAUGUCUAAACGAUUCUAUAAAAAAUAUUAUAAUAAUCCUGCUGUAGGUAUUUGUGCCAAUAACAUUGCUAAAAUUCAUAUGAGAAAUUAAAGAUACCUUGAAGCUAUGAAUGAAUAGGAAGAGUCAGUUCUAAUAGCUAAUUAAGAUCUAUAAAGUUUAAAAGAAAUGGAAUAAUAUGCAAAUCAGGCAGCACAACCAUAAGAUGAUUAAUAACUAAUUAAAUUAUAUCUUAGAUUGAAGAAUAAUGUUUUAUAGAAAUUCCAAAGACAAGAAGAAAAAGUCAUGAAAGAAGUGAUUAAAGAUUUAGAAAGUAAAACAAAAGUAAUAUAAAAUUCUCAGAAUGGUAUUGUUAGAAGACCAACUACUUAAAAAUUUAAAAAUCAAAAUGAAACUACUUAAUUAAAGAGUUCUAUUGAAUCUGAAGUUCAUAUAUAACAUUAAUAAACACCUAGAUAAACUCCUAAUUGGUUAAGAAAACCUCUAUAAGAAGAAAAAAAUCCAAUAAAAGAAGAAAAUUCUGAUUUACUAAGUGAAAGAUUAGAAAAUUUAGGAACUCCUAAGAAAUAUAGUCCCAUUACUAAAAUAAAAAAUAAUGAAGAAUACUCAAAGAAAUAAGUUAUUAUUGAACAUAAAAUUGUCUUUAGAAAAUACUAAUUAGCUUGUAUUCUUUAUAAUUAUAGUAUGACAAAAUCAUAAUCAACAUUUCUAAAUGAAAGUGUUAAAUAAUUUAAUGAUAUUAUGGACGAUCUCUAAAAUUUACCUGAUUCAUUUUCUAUUUAAUAUAUGAAAAUAAAUAUUCUAACAAAAAAAGCAUUUUGUUUUGCAAGAGCUGGAAUGUUAGAAAAAGCAAGAUUGGAAUUAGAAGAAGCUGAAACAAAAUUAAGAAUUUUAUAAGCAAAUAAAACUGAAAUCUAAUAACUUGAAAUAUUUGAUUUUGUAGAUAUUUUUAGAGAAAUUCCUUUAGAAAUUUUAAGAGAAAAAUUAACAGGAUUAGAAGUAUAUAUAUACUUAUAUUUAGGCAUCAUUAUUAAUGAUUAGAGGAGAAUAUGUAGAAGCUUGUUAUAAAUUUAUUUCUAUUCUAAAAGCUGAAGGUCAUUAUGAUCCUGGAUUUUAGAAAUUCGUAUUAAAAACAUUAACUAAAAUAUUUAAAAGAUGUAAUGUUGAUCAUAAUUGUUUGAUCAAAUUUUCAUAAUAAAAUUAAUUAAAAAGACUUGAAUUAAUAUUUCUACUUGAUUACUCAUCUGAAAUGACUACAGAAUAAUUUACAUUAUCUCAUCAUAUGUGUCAAAAUGUUGUUUAAUCUUUAAAUGAUGAUUCAUUUGUUGGACUAUAUGCAUUCAAUGAAUCUUUACAUGAAAUAUUCCCAUUGUAAUUAAAAGGAACCUACAAAAAACUAUUAGAAUCUACUAUAGAGAAAGUUUUAAUAAAGCCAGGAGGUGAAGGUAACAUCUUCUCAGCUUUAGAAAUUACUAUAGCUUCUUUGUUUGAGAAAGAUAAGCCUGAAUAAAGCAAAUAAUUAUCUUUACAUUUAAAAUCUAAUUAAAUUAAAUAACAAAUUGAAUAAGAGGAAUUCAGAUGUUCUGAUAUGGAAUUUAGAUGUAAGACUAGUUCUCCAAGAGUAGGAAAGACAUUUUCAGGAGGUUUUAGUUAAGCAAUGAAGUAAUAUGAGGAAUAACAAUUUGAUAAUGUUAGUUUAAAUGAAAAUAUGGUAAGAAUUGAAGAUAAUCUUUAAUAGAAUUAAUAUAAAGUUGAUAUUGAUAACAUUGAUGAAGAAAAAGAUGAACAUACUAUUAGAUAUGUUUGUAUAUUUAGUGAGGGAGUUCAUAAUUAUAAUUAAAUGUCAAUUGAUAGAUUGAAGAGUUUAAUAGAAAAAAAGAAUAUUCAUUUACUAGUUUUCAAUAUUGCAAAUUAAAAUAUGAAUAUGCUUUAUCUCAAAUAAUUAUCCUAAGUUUCAUAAGAAAGUAGAUUUUUUACAAAUGAAACUGAAAUUAAGGAUUUCUUUUAAAAACUUAGAACUAAUGAUUUCACAAAAAGAGUUUAUUUAGAAUUCUUCUGA